GUGCAGUUGCACGAGGGCUCCUGCGGCCCUGGGACAUCAUUGUGAGUUGACAAAAUGAGGGGAAAGUGUUUCCUCCGUGUUGUUAAUUGUAAGGCUAGCCAAGCUAAUCGGAAGAAACGCGGAUAGGAGUCAGGGAAUGAUAGUUUGAUGAUCUAGCUUAGCUUGAGUUUGCUUUGAUGAAAGGUCGGCGUCCAGAGGCUUUAACCCCGUUUCUGUCUCUUCACAGAGGCUGCACUUCAUAGCCUGCAUUUUCUGUUUUUUUUGUUGUUUUCUGAGGUCAUCUUUGAUUUAAAGUGGGGCCUAGAGCCGACGGUGGCUUUGAGCGAGGUGCUGUGGGCGUAAACAUUAACCUUUCAAGCCGCAGGAAGAGCAAACGUUCCCCUUCACGUUGUGAAAGCAUGGCGCUUUUUGUAGAUUUAAACAUCGUUAACACCACGGACAGAAAAAGAUUGCAAAGUCUAAUAGAAACAGCGGCGCACCUUGGUUAUUCAACAGUUGCACUUAAUCAUGUGGUUGAGCUUCAAGGAAAAAGGCAGGAAAUAGCUAAGCCAACAUCUGUUUCAGAACUUUUCCCAUCGCCACCUAUUGUGCAGGGGAGAUCAAAACCAAUUAAAAUUGUGACCAGACUUACUGUGAUUGUCUCUGAUGCCUCUCACUGCAAUGAUCUGAGAACUACCUCCCCACACACCAGAUUAUAUGACAUUGUGGCUGUGUUACCAAAAACAGAGAAGUUGUUUCAUGUAGCUUGUAUGACCUUGGAUGUUGACUUAAUAUGUAUUAAUGUGGUCGAGAAACAACCAUACCAUUUUAGACGGCCUUCUGUAAAUGGGGCUAUUGAGAGAGGAAUUUACUUUGAGCUAGCAUAUUCCCCUUCUAUUAAAGAUUCCACAGUGAGAAGAUAUACCAUUUCAAAUGCACUUAGCCUGAUGCAGAUAUGUAAAGGAAAGAACAUCAUUAUGUCAAGUGCAGCAGAAAGGUCUUUGGAACUGAGAGGCCCUUAUGAUAUUGCUAACCUUGGGUUGCUUUUUGGCUUGUCUGAAGGAGAUGCCAAAGCAGCUGUGUCAACCAACUGUAGAGCAGCUCUUUUGCAUGGAGAAACUAGAAAGACUGCAUUUGGAGUGAUCUAUACAGUGAGGAAAACUCCAGCAGUUGAAGAGAAGGAUGAAGAAAGACCUCUUUCCAAACGAGCCAAGACCAAAAGUGACUGACAAUGAGAAAAUAUCGUUGUCAAAUUUAUAAUUUGAUUUUUAAGUUUGCAAGCAUGUACAUUUUUUUUGUAAAUGUUGUUGAAAUUGGGCUGUGUUUUUUAAAUUGUACUUUUGUAAUUACUAUUUCACAUUUUGUUUCAUCAGCAAUGAUUUUUGAAUGCACAAAGUUAAGAGUUUGUGAUAAUUAAGAUCUGUGGCACAUUUUGUUCCAACGCAGAUGUUUAAAAUUUCUUAAAUUCAAAUGUUUCACAUUGUGGGAAAUCAUUAUCAAAUAUGCGAGUUCAGAUAAUGAAUAUCAUGAAUAAAUAUUACAACUGACAUAGU